GCCCAGGAGGGGAGAGGAGAGCCCAAGGGGGUGUCUCGGCAGGGGAGAGGACAGGAGGGACCAUCUUAGGAGAUGCGCAUCCCGAAAUGGGGCAGGAGAAGUUGAAGGGGAGGACCCCCGGAGAGAAGGAAGACCCAGAGCUGGAGAGGUGAGAGACUGGCGAGGAAGGGAGAGAAGGUUCGUUCUGGAGAUGAGUUACCUGUUGGUAGGAGAGUCCUUAGCCAGGAUGGAGGCUGUUGUGAACUUGUACCAAGGGAUGAUGAAGCAUGCAGAUCCCCGGAUUCAGGGCUACCCUCUGAUGGGGUCCCCCCUGCUAGUGACCUCUAUCCUCCUGACCUACGUGUACUUCGUUCUUUCACUUGGGCCUCGGAUCAUGGCCAAUCGAAAGCCCUUCCAGCUCCGCGGCUUCAUGGUUGUCUACAACUUCUCACUGGUGGCGUUUUCCCUCUACAUCGUCUAUGAGUUCCUGAUGUCUGGCUGGCUGACUACCUACACCUGGCGCUGUGACCCAGUGGACUUUUCCAACAAACCGGAGGCACUGCGGAUGGUUCGAGUGGCCUGGCUCUUCCUCUUCUCCAAGUUCAUUGAGCUGAUGGACACGGUGAUCUUUAUUCUCCGGAAAAAAGAUGGACAGGUGACCUUCCUACAUGUCUUCCACCACUCAGUGCUUCCCUGGAGCUGGUGGUGGGGGGUAAAAAUUGCCCCAGGAGGAAUGGGCUCUUUUCACGCCAUGAUAAACUCCUGCGUGCACGUCGUCAUGUACCUGUACUAUGGAUUGUCUGCCCUUGGCCCUGUGGCUCAGCCCUACCUUUGGUGGAAAAAGCACAUGACAGCCAUCCAGCUGAUCCAGUUUGUCCUGGUCUCUCUGCACAUCUCCCAGUACUACUUCAUGCCCAGCUGUAACUACCAGUACCCGAUCAUCAUUCACCUCAUCUGGAUGUACGGCACCAUCUUCUUCAUGCUCUUCUCCAAUUUCUGGUAUCAGUCUUAUACCAAAGGCAAGCGGCUACCCCGUGUACUUCAGCAAAACGGAGCUCCAGGUACCACCAAAGUCAAGGCCAACUAAGAAACGUGGCCUAGCUAGGCGCCCACCUAAGUGCCUCAGGACUGCACCUCGGGCAGCAUCUGUCAUUGUCCUCCCCAGCUACACCUGUGACCAGGGCUUAUGUGGUCAGGACUGAGCAGGGGACAGGCCCUCUGCUCCCCACAGCUGGUACACAGGGACCACCGCUUCCGUUCCUCCCCCACUUCUCCCGGCCAGCUCCAGGGACGUGGCCUCAUUGCCCUCUGCCAUUCCAGAGCCAGGGGCUGCAAGGGCUGGACACUUACUUCCCCCUCCCUGCCUUACACUUGGGAGAGGAGCACUCAGGGCUGGCCCCCACCGGGGUCAUGUGGCCUUUUUCCUCACACUGAAGAGGUCAGCAAUAAUCUGUCACUGUGGACCCAGGCUCCCUCCUUUCCACCCCACACUGAAUUAGCAGCUUCUUGGCCAAAGGUCAGGGUGGGUGGGGGGCCUGGGAAUACAGCCCAUGGAGGCUGCUCACUCCUUGAUGUCGUCAUUAAAAGUGACAGAGGAAA